AUGACGUCGAUGAGCCUCAUCAUCUGCAGCACCGAAGUACUCAUCAACUCCACAAAUCAUGCUCAUCAAGGAGUAUCGGAUACUCCUGCCGAUGACCGUGGAGGAGUAUCGCAUUGCACAUCAACGUCGAUUGCCAUCGCCUACCCUCUCAAGUGCAAAAAGAAACUCAAAGGAAAAGUCAUGCACAAUUAUGAAGUAAAACCCGACGAAGAGAAGAAAAGCCGAUUAGAUUCGCAUGGCAAGGACAGCGGGGUGGAGAUUCUCAGCAAUAAGCCGUACAAGGAUGGACCAGGCGGAUCCGGCCAAUACACUUUCAAAAUCUAUCAUAUUGGCAGUAAAAUACCCGGACGCCUGGCAAUUCCAGGAACUGCCGAAGAGAGAAAGGUUGAAGCGGAUGAGACUGUGUGUAAAAAGACGCAAACCAAUGAUUCAAGAGUCUUAAAGUUAAACAACUGA